AUGAGCGACCGCAGCAUGAACGGCGGCAGCGUAUCGAAGCGCAAGGAGUCGUCAUCCUACCGCAGCCCUACAAGCAAACACUCUCGGAAGCGCGCGAGGACGACCAACGGCUUCGUCAAUACACCUCGGAAUGUUGAGAGUGACGGCGAGAGUGACGGCGGCAACACUGUCAAAGUCGCCGCGAAGCCUGCGAAUGCCUUGACCGUCGUCCGCAAGAGAUAUGAGCAAGAACGGCUGGAGCACGCGCGCACCGUUGAAGAGCUGAACGCAAAGCUUGAAGCAAGCGAGCGCAAGACGGCUGAGUAUCGUACCAAGUACAAGCAUGGCAUGAAGGAUAAUGUGGAGAAGAACACCGCAUCGGCCGAUAAGCGURUUGCGGAUACUGAGAAGAAGAUCAAAGAUUUGAGACAGAAGCACAAGGAGGACAUUGUCGCCAUCCGGGAGGAACUCGUCCUGGCUGCCAAGGAUGAAGUCAAGCCAACUGCGCGGAAGACCAACUCUGCUGAACAGGCUUACGAAGAUGCCGAUACCGCGCUGAAGCACUUGAACGCUUUGGAUCCCGAGCAGCACAAGAGCCUCGUCGAAGAUCAGCGUGUGUGUAUCAAAUUAGUGGCGCAGCUGGACAGGGCCCACGUCACGAUCGCCAGAUUACAGGAGGGAACGGUCCUGACCCAGAACGAGGCUACCAAGGAKUGUGCCGAAGCUAUGGAAAUGCUCGAGACAGAUCUCAGAAAUGCUGCGGAGGACAUGCGCACGAACUCUACCCUUUCUAACCAGAAGAAGACGCUGACGAAGAAGGUGCUUGUGGCGCUGAAGGAAGCCGAGCCGGUGUUCAUGGCUCACGCUCAGUUGAACCAGGCUAAGGCCAAGGCUAAGCCCGAAACCCCGAAGCUGACGACGCCUGUCAUCGACAGCUCCGUACUCAUGCGGAAGAACAACCAGCUCCAGGCAACGGUCAAUGAUCUUCAGUUCAAGCUGAAAGAUGUUCGUGGCAAGCUUGAGGAGGAAGUUCAGAUGCGUCAGAAAGCGGAGGCAGUUGCAGAGGGAGAAUCCAAGGAGGGUGGGGAGGCUUCCACGAUCGGCGAGUAG